UAUAUAUGAGAUAUAUGUUUUAUUCCGACGGUCUCCUCACUGCGUUGACCUUGUGAUGCAGCAGCAUCAUAUGAUAUUCCUUUUCACUGCAUUCACCGUGGACUGAAUGCAGUUUCUGCAGGUGUCAGUUAGACUGGAGCAGGUAGGAGGGACUUGAUGCCCCAACUUCUCAUUCCUCGUCUCUCUUCGCUCCAGCCAGUCGCCCUGGUCCUGCUUGGAGAGAGAGAGAGGGAGAGAGAGGGAGACGUCGAACCGCAGCAGCGCUCUAUUCCUGGGGAAACACCAUGUAUUUUCGGCUGAAGCGACGACCGGAACCUCGCAAUAUUUCACUUUUUUAUAUUUGAUUUUUCCCUUCUUUUCUUCUUCUUCUUCUUUUUUUUUUUGGUGCUUUUAUUUUCUCUUUCUCCUCUCCUCCUUUUCACCCAGUCUCUGACGCGCAAGGACACUACAGCAUCCAUCCACGGCAGAGCCGCUCACAUAGAGCAUCCUCUGUGCAGACGCACUACCAUCCUCCUCCUCCUCCUCCUUCUCUCCUUCCUUCCUUCUUUUCUUCUUUCACUCCUAUAUUCUCUUCUCUUCUCUUCUCUCCUCUGUCUGUACGCCACGGUAGGACACCUGGACCUCUUCUCUUCCACCCCCCAAUUUACCCGGAGACAUGGAUCUAUGGUUUCAUUCGAUCCGGAUUUGCUGGUGGAGGGUUUUGUUCCUGAUGAGUGUUUUCCAGGACUAUCUGAGCUCCAUGCUGGACUGCCCGCCGACCUGCAGCUGCUCUCAAACAGAGAUCUAUUGCAAUAAGUCGGACAACGGCAGAUUUUUCCCUUUACUGGCCGUGCAAGACACUGGGAACAAUGGGAGCAGUGUUGACAUCGCGGAGUUGUUCAAGAACAUCACCUCCAUACACAUCGAGAACUGGACGGGACUGCAGACUCUGAGAGACGUGGAUAUGGAGCUUUACACCGGACUGCAGCGACUAACCAUCAUGAAUGGCAACCUGCGGGUGAUCCAGGCUCGAGCGUUUGCUCAAAACCCACACCUACGCUACAUAAACCUGUCGAAGAAUCCUCUCGCCACUCUGUCCUGGCAGCUCUUCCAGCAUCUCCAACUCUCCGAGCUGCAUCUGGAAGGCGUGGUGUUUGACUGCGGUUGCGAUAUCCGCUGGGUCCAGCUGUGGCAGCAGAGAGGCGAGGCCGGGCUCCACACACAGCAGCUGUACUGCAGGAACGGAGCGUCCAAGAUGCGUCUGCACAACAUGUACAUCAGCAACUGCGACCAACCAGAGAUCAGCGUGAGCCACAGCAGCGUGUUGGUGAUGGAGGGAGACAACGUGACCGUGAGCUGCAAUGGAUCUGGAUCUCCACUACCUGAGGUGGACUGGACCGUCAGUGGCCUGCACUCCAUCAACACACACCUGUCCAACGUGUACUGGCCCAACAUCCACUCCAUCAACCUGACUCUGUUCAACAUCAGCCGGGACGACAACAACUUCCAGCUGACCUGUAUCGCGGAGAACGUGGUGGGGAUGACCAACUCCUCCAUCCAGCUCAACGUACAGUUUCCACCAGUCAUCCUGAGACUGGCCGAGCCGGAGCAGCGUCUCCACUCCUGCAUCGAGUUCACAGUGCGAGGCUACCCUCACCCCAAACUGAAAUGGUUCUUCAAGAAGAAGGAGAUCGUUGAGAACGACUACAUCCGGACCGAGAUGGAAUUCUACCAGGACUACCUGGAGGGCUGCCUGAUCUUUCAGAAUCCAACACACAUCAACAACGGCAAUUACACUUUGGAGGCCAGCAACUCCCUGGGGAAGGUCACAAAGUCCAUUUAUGGUCAUUUCCUCUCAGAACCGGGGGAUGAGGACGAUCCCACGACGCAAUCAGAUUCAGGUCGAACAGAUGAAGAUACAUUCGGGGUUUCCAUCGCUGUCGGUUUGGCAGGGUUCGCUUGUGUCCUCCUCCUCGUGCUCUUUGUUCUGAUCAAUAAAUACGGCCGACGCUCCAAAUUUGGCAUGAAAGGUCCAGUGGCAGUGAUUAGCGGGGAGGAAGACUCUGCUAGCCCUCUUCAUCACGUCAACCACGGAAUUAUCUCCCCCUGUACUCUGGAGGCGGGCUCUGACGCCGUCGUCAUAGGCAUGACUCGUAUCCCCGUGGUGGAGAACCCUCAGUACUUCAGGCACGGACACAACUGCAACAAGCCGACCACUCUGGUCCAGCACAUAAAGAGGAGAGACAUCAUCCUGAAGAGGGAGUUGGGUGAAGGAGCAUUUGGAAAAGUCUUCUUGGCAGAAUGUUACAACCUGAGCCCCACCAAGGACAAGAUGCUGGUUGCUGUCAAGACACUCAAAGAUCCUAACCUGUCAGCAAGAAAAGACUUCCAGAGAGAGGCAGAGCUCCUGACCAACCUGCAGCAUGACCACAUUGUUAAAUUCUAUGGUGUGUGUGUAGACGGAGACCCUCUCAUCAUGGUGUUUGAGUACAUGAAGCAUGGAGACCUCAACAAAUUCCUCAGAGCCCACGGCCCAGAUGCCAUGAUCCUGGUAGACGGCCAACCACUGCAGUCCAACGGGGAGCUGAGCCUGUCCCAGAUGCUGCACAUCGCCACCCAGAUUGCCUCAGGCAUGGUCUACCUGGCAUCCCAGCACUUUGUCCACAGAGAUCUGGCAACCCGCAAUUGUCUGGUGGGAAACGGCCUACUGGUAAAGAUCGGAGACUUCGGCAUGUCCAGAGACAUUUACAGCAGUGACUACUACAGGGUGGGAGGACACACCAUGCUACCAAUUCGCUGGAUGCCCCCAGAGAGCAUCAUGUACAGGAAAUUCUCCACGGAGAGCGACGUGUGGAGCUUUGGAGUCAUUCUGUGGGAGAUCUUCACGUACGGGAAACAGCCCUGGUUUCAACUGGGCAACAAUGAGGUUAUUGAGUGCAUUACUCAGGGUCGGGUUCUCGACAGGCCACGGAUCUGUCCUAAGGAGGUGUAUGACAUCAUGCUGGGCUGCUGGCAGAGGGAACCGCAGCAGCGACUGAACAUUAAGGACAUUCAGAAGGUCCUGUUUGCCAUGGGUAAAGCCACGCCGGUCUACCUGGACAUCCUCGGCUAGCGCAGCCUGGGAUUGGCUGUUCUGCGUACAGACAGACCGACACACACGAAUCCAGGAAUAACCAAACCAACCUGCUCCACUGUCGAAAACACCUACAACGUUUGGGAAGGACUUAAGUGCCUGCAACACUUUUGGAUAUAGUGGAUAAAACGUAUUCAAAAAAACACGCACUUUUACAUUUUGUUUACUUGCGUACUACAUGAUGUACAGGUUUGAAGAAGACUUUUUUUUUCCCCCGUUGAGAAAAAAACAAAACAAAAAAAACUGCAAAUAUUCAUAAAGAUGAGACUAAAAAAAGGGAAGGAAUGAAGACAGGCAAAAAUGUUGUUUCAGAGAGAGAACGUGUGAGAGUUAGAAUCAGUCCUGGGUUUGGAUUUAUGAAUAUAUAAAUAUAUAUAUAUAGAAAUAUUACAUAUAUUUUAUAUUUAUUUCUUUUGUCAAAGUGUUCGUGGGCGUGCCAUGUGUGUCUCACCGACCACUGGCGGGGACUUGACGACAGAAGCCUUACUUGCACUCUGAUUGGCCAGUGCUGAGUUUUCAGUGGGAACUCACCGUCCGUGGAAUUACACUGAACAGAUGACAGACAGGGAGCAGUGGAUGGAGGACCGACCCAAUCAGACAACUGACAAAUCUAUUUUAAUUUAAAUAUCGUGUACAUAUUGUAAAAUUCUAUGUGUGGAAAAUUAUGUUAACUUAUUUUCAGGACAUUCUUGUGGUUCUUUCUCCGACCGUGACGUGGGCGGCUGAAGUUUGGAGCUUUGGUAUUUGUGUUUCACGUGUUUUGAGACAACGAUCCUGUGUCGGCGCUGGGAAAGUUGUCUAGUGCUGAAAGCCAGAAGCAGAUGGGAAACGUCCACUGACACUGAAUCACAGACUGUCGGAGAACAGAGGACAACUUUGAGCCAUGGUUCAUCUCCACACUUUUCUCCUCACACGAGGUGCUGAAACCUCAGAUUCACACUUCACAUUCGCUCCUCGGCCCUAAAACACAUUCACAGGCUCGGAGAAAAAGCUCUGUCAAAUUUUUUUUUCUGCUUUAUGGUAUAAAACAAUUUUUCCACUCUGAAGAAAACAUUUUGUUAAGUGAGAUAAUAAAUCAUUUGUCAGGCAGCAGUGUGUGUGUGUGUGUGUGCCCUGCAUACACAGUCUAGGAAAAUGUGUAACAUAAAGAAACGACUGAACGUUGUGAGCCAGAGUGUGAUUAUUUACACUCUCAGAUACUGCUCCUCUAAUCUGUCUGCUGGGUCUGACGCAGCAGCCCGGGUGAGAGUGUUAGCUUAGCACGCGCAGACUGUGAACAGUGAUACUGGUGGGCUGGCUUUGUCCUAUAGGGAAAAAGAAAACCCAGACGUGGAAAAGCUGCAUCUGUUUACAGACACGAUUCCAAAGUUAAAAGACAUUUUAGUAAUUUACACACGUUCGGCGACGACAAACAACAACAAAAAACAGCCUUCAAAGAAAGCCUUACUCGGCAAUUCUGUAGUCCGCCUCACUGAAACUGUGCAGUGCGUAAUACAUUCAGUUGUAAUUAAAAAAACAUAUCCUGUUGCCGCCAUGUCAGAGCUGGAAAAAUAUUACUGAGAAAAUUACACUCGGAGUAUUCUUGCAGUAACUAUGGAGCCGUAGCUUUUGUUUGGUACGUAAUAAUCAAAGAGUGUUGAAAUCCCAGAGACUACACUUCCAAUUGGCCGAGGCUGUGGUGGACUAACAGACGGACAGUGAAAUGUUACAUGAAACUUCCUUCACCUAAUGUGAGAAAAUCCCAGACUCAGUGAUGCGUCACUGUGUUUGUUAUCAUUCAGCUACAUGGAAAUAUAUCGGGAAAUAUCACUUUUCCCCUCCCCCAACACCAGGGGGCGUGGGGCUCAGGUGGUUAGCAUUUACAGACAUGUCUAGUAGGGAUUAGCGAUGAGCAAACGGGGCAUAGGUGUGAAUGUGAGUGUGAAAUGUGUCAAUUUUUUUUUUUGCUUCACUUCCCCCCUCCCCCUAUCCUUCCCUCUCUCACCCCUAAAUAAACAGCGUUUUCUGGGUGAGGUCAGAGCCAGUCUAAUCCAGUCCUGGUUCAGUCUGUGUCCUCAGCUGCACUCAUUUCUCUCCUCCAACCAUUAAAGUGGGGCAGUUAUUAUCAUUUAACUGUUGGCAAGAAAGCAAUUACUGUAUUUCAUUACGUUGAACUUUUGUUCCAAUCGAUGGAACCUCCUAACACUCUGUCCAGGAGCCCAUCAUCUGCAUAGACGCCAUGAAAAGAAACAUGAUGAAUUUUUCCUCCUCCACACAUUUCAUUUGCAACAACAAAAUGAUGCAUUAAUCCUGGUGGUGUAUUUUUUUUUUUUUUGUUAUCAUCAGUAUUAAAUCUGGUUUUUACUUUUCUCCCUCACACUUGUGGCCUUUGCAUGUUUAGCAAUGAUGAGGUUUUACACCCACUCUUGCUGUAAUACAAUUCAAAUCUCUUUUGCUACAUCGAGAGAAGAGCCACCGAUGCAGGUAGACACUCGUUCAUUCAUGAGCGGUACAUCGUGACGCGAGCUGAUAAGCUAAGUGUGGCGUCUGCUAUUUUUUUCUCUUAUUUAAUUAUUAUUAAUAUUAUGUUAGAAACUGUGAACAUGAAAAUGUUGUUCUGAAUUGUGACACCUAAAGACGAUCCACACCGUUCAACACUAAUAAUCAAACACCAGUGAGACGGAAAAUCACUGCAAACCAAGUCUUUGUGAGCAAAAAUGUAUAAAAGUAUGUUGUUGUUUUUUUUUUCUUUUAAGAAAAUGAGAAUGUGAGUUUUCUCUGACAUCACUGAAAACCUCAGGCAGCAGUUUUAUUUUAUGAAUCACCUGCAUAUGUUCUAGCCUCUCACUCUUUAUUCUUAUUCUCUCGGCCGACCAUCACACUUUUACACUGCUGUUGUCUCUGUUUCCUCAAGUUCGUCUGAGUCAUUUCUGACCAUUCACUUAGUUCAAACGUUUUUCUAUAAAGGCAGGAUGGAAUCCAACCACUCACCCAAAGCAUUUGGUUCUCGUGUGUUCUCUUGUGGUAAACGCUUAAAGACAUUAUGACACUGACUGUGAGCUUUUGCAGGGUAUUGUAAUCCUUUCAUGGUGAGUUUACUGUGGUUCAGAACAUUUUUCUUUCUUUCUUUCUGUUUUUUUUUUCUUUUCUUGGAUGAACUAACUGAACACUUUUUGAAGCAAAGUUGGCAUAUUACGAUGUACACGUUACGAAAUAUAAAAAAAAUGUGGUAUAACAAUUGCAGUAUAUGAAAUACUGGUAUUCCAUGAUAGAUCUUUGUAUUAAUGUGACUCUCUUAAGAAAAUGUCUUCAAACAAUCAGACGCGCUCCUUUUUCCAUUUUGUCCUGUCUUAUAAAGAUGUGUGGAUUUGACUAAA